CGCUUGUGUCACAAUACUACCACUAUCGAUAGAAACGAAUAUUCCAAACAGCUCCAUCGACAACAAAAACUUCAAUAGAACACUUAAUUGUCAAGAUGGUAGCGGAAACAAAAAUUGAAAACCUCCCUUCGGAGAUGGGAGAGGAAACCACAGUCGAAAACGGCGACGACGGAACCAUCAGCAGCAAAGUCUUGGGAUCAACUUUUAUGAAGACUCUCUUCGCACCCUUCGAAUCCAAAGAAGAAGACAAAAAAGAGAGUGAAACUGAAAAAGAAAGUGAACCUGAAACAGAAGCUGAAACCGAGACAGAAGCCGAAGCCGAAGCCGAAACAGAAGCCGAAGCCGAAACAGAAGCCGAAGCUGAAACAGAAGCCGAAACAGAGACUGAAGAAAGCACUGAAGAGACUAGCGAAGAACAGGAAAAAAGCGAGACCGUUAGCGAAAGCGAAACCGAAGAGAGAGAGUUUGACAAGAACCCGACUGUGUUGUACGCACUUGUCCAAAAGAAGCUAUGGAAGGAGACAAUCGCACGCGCAAAGAGUAAUCCUAAGGAAGCCCGUGCUUUCAUCUGCAGAAGAGAAAAGGACGGAAAAAUUCGUUGGCGUCUUCUACCGCUCCAUGCUGCUGUAGUUUUCAAAGCUCCAGAAGAAGUCAUUGAAACCCUUCUCGAAGCUUUCCCCAAGGCAUCGGAAGAGAAGGAUGAUCAGGGAAUGCUCCCUCUUCAUUUGGCCUUCCGCAACGGAGCUUCAAAGGGAGUUGUGAACUUGUUGUUGAUGGCAUUCCCUCAAUCCGUAGAAAGCCCAGAUCGCAAGGGUCGUGUCCCCCUCACACUGGCCAAGGCCGCAGCAUCUCCCAACCGCGAAAUGUACAUCGAGGCUUUGGAAAAGGGACCUUCCCAUUACGCCGUCACAGCAAUGGCUUGUGCCCGCGAACGAAUUCUGGCUGAACAAACCGCGCUCUUCGAAGCCAAGAUGGUUCAGACUUGCCAAAUUCACGAAUCCACUUUGGCUGAAAUGAAGGCAAGCGCCGAAAAGCAACAAAAGGAACUUCAAGACAAGAUUUCGGAGAAAGAGCAAGAACUCACCAAAAUCCACGAAAACUCUCAAGUUUUGGUUGACCAUGUCGGCUCUCUGGAGGCCCAGAUGAACACACGAUCCGACACGGAACGUUUCUUGGCCACCAAAAUUGCCAAGCUUGAACAGAACAUCAAGCAAAACGGUAUCGACAAGGAAGAACGAGAACAAUUCUGGCAAAAAACGCUUGCUGCGAAGGAAGAAGAGAUGGAAGCAGCCAAAAAGGUUCAGGGCGAACGUGAGCUCGAAAUCGAGGGAGAGAAGACCAAGUUCACUACCGAGAAAGAGACCAUCGAAACAAAGAUGAACCAGACCGAAAAGGAUCUUGCUUCUACUCGAGACGAACUGGCGCAAGCCAUCGAAACAAUGAAGAACAAGCAAUACGACUGGGAUGUAAAAGAGAAGGAGACGGCAGAAAAGAUCAGCGAGCUUGAACGCGAAUUGGCCAACUCGAAUGCGAAUGGUGCAAUCCUAGAUUCUCAGCUGAAGAAGCGAAUGGAGACUGAGCACUUCUUGGCUUCGCAAGUUAGUUCUUUGGCAACUCGACUGGCAGAAUCCUCCGAGAGCCAAAUGAAAUUCAAGAAGCGAAUCGAAGAGCUCGAAGUAGGAGAACUUUCCUACACAACCAACACCGAUGCUCUGAAGAAGAGACUCGCCGAUGUCACCGCCGUCAUGGAGAGCACGCGCAAGCACCAGAUGUCCAUCUUGGACGAUGCGAUUACACAAGAAGAGAUGAUGGUCAGGACCAUGGAAAACCAUGCACAGAAUGUUUCGAAAUCCCUCGAACACGAGAAACAAAUCGAAGAGACCAAGGCAGAGAUGAUGGCCCUUAUCGAGAAGUCGUUUGCCGCAAUCAGUGAAAAACACAGCGCAAACUUCGCCGCCGUGUCGGAGCAGGGCAACUUCCUGACCAACAUGAAUAACUCUCGUGGAUCCAUGCUUUCUUCCGUGAAAACCGUGACCACGGACGUAAUGGAGGCCCUUACCGUUGAAAUGAACCUGAACGCCGCAGAGAUGGAACAGGCUGCCAAGGAAGCCCGAGCCGAGGCGGAACUAGCUGCGAAGGAAGAACAGGCUACCGAGGAAGAACCCGCCAAGGAAGAAACCGCGGAAGUGGUUGUGGCGCCAACGAAAAUUGUGGCCGUCGCACCUACUGUUGAGACCGAAGCCGUCGUCGCAGAAGAAGGAAGAGCCGACCAGGACGAGGUUCGACCCGAAGAACCCGUCAACACCAGCCGCAUCACGGCGGAGUAAGUAGAGAGUGACAGAAAGGAUGUCACGAAACGAGGGCGGGCUCUGACGGUGAUCACCGUUAUGAAUACGAUUAGUGGAAAUUAAUUCAAAAACCUAUCACCGCACCUCCAGUGAAAGAUUAGUGCUUGGCUGCUUUCGGUGUAAGAAAAAGGGUGAAUGAUAAACUCAAUCCAAGCACGACGAUCACACAAUUUAUAUGUUUCACAUAAUAAUUCAAUUUAAUAGUA